AAGGCCUGCAAGAAGAGUUCCAAGGGACGAACCUGCGAGACGCGUCUUGAAGACCAGCAAAACCAAGGGAGAAGAGAAACAUUGUAAGUUUCACGACCGCACUGGCCACUCAAUAUUCGAAUGCAAAGCCUUCGAGGAAAAGUCUCUGAACGAAAGAAGCGAGUGGGUUCUGAAGGAAAGGCUUUGUUUCCGCUGUCUUGAACCAGGACAUYUAUCAAAGGAAUGUAAAGCCAUAGUGUCUUGCGAGAAGUGCGAAAGCAGUCGCCACCCGACCAUUCUUCACAAGGAUAAAGAGGAAGAAAUCAAGCCCAACUGCACGUCGGUCUGUCAAAGGGGAGGGACAUCYUGCAGCAAAAUACUGCUCGUCGACGUAUAUAGCCAGCAUCGACCCAAAGAACUUCAUCGAGUGUACGCCAUUAUGGAUGAUCAAAGUAACGCAUCCCUAAUCUCACCGGAACUGGCGAACAAGUUGAAGUCCUACGGCUCACCAGAGAGAUACUUGUUAUCGACAUGCAAUGGAGAGAAGAUAGUGAACUAUGGUCGCCGAGUCGCAGACGUCAUGAUCACAGCUAGCGGAAAAACACUCAAGCUUCCAACCCUAGUAGAGUGUACACACAUCCCACGGGACAAGACUGAGAUUCCCACGCCCGAAGUAGCGAAACGCUUCGACCAUCUACAAAGCAUCGUCAGGGAGAUCCCACCUSUAGACGGUCAGGCGGAAGUCCACCUUCUUAUAGGCAGAGACGCCCCCGAGUUGCUGAAGGUGAGAGCUUUCAAGAACGGCCCGAAGGGAGCUCCAUGGGCUCAAAAACUCGACCUAGGCUGGACAAUCUCGGGUCAAGUGUGCUUAAACCGCAUUGGAGGCCCAUUUCAUGUCUCUACGAAGCGCACUACAACAUGGCACCCCUCGACAGGUGACCUCACAGAMGGCAACUUCGAGGUAGAGGCUUUGCCCUGCCCGAACCACUUCCAAGUCAAAGAAAGUUUCAGUGACCACGCACGUAAGAAAAUCGAGGACGACGUGUACCACACAACCUCAUCUGAUAACGAUGUCAACCUCUCGAUAGAGGAUAGGAAGUUUCUGAAAAUAAUGGAAGAGAAUAUCCAUAAAAAUAURGAAGGAAACUGGGUAAUGCCACUACCUUUUCGCUCAGAGAACGUUAAUACGCCCAACAACAGGAAACAAGCGGAGAGCCGCCUUGCCGGACUCCUGAAAGUUCUGAAGAGAAAGCCUCAGAUGGAAAAAGACUACUUAGAAUUCAUGGCUAAGAUCCUGGAGAAGAAGCAUGCAKUGCCGGUCCCUGACCCACAACCGAAAUGUCGCGAUGACAACGGAAAGGUGUGGUACCUGCCGCAUUUCGGAGUCUACCAUCCAAAAAAGCCUACGCAGAUCCGCGUGGUAUUCGACUCCUCUGCAGAAUUCAACGGAGUGUCGCUCAAUAAAGAGCUCCUAACAGGCCCAGAUCUCAUGAACAACUUGUUCGGAGUACUUCUACGCUUCAGACGCUACAGCGUUGCCGCAAUGUGUGACGUGGAGCAGAUGUUCCACUCGUUCAAGGUCAAGCCCGAACACCAAAGUUUCCUACGGUUCCUGUGGUACAGAAACAACGACCCGACAGACGGCAUCAUCGAAUAUCAGAUGACGGUGCAUCUCUUCKGCAACGGACCGAGUCCCGCCAUAGCCACAUACGGCCUUCGCAAAACGGCGCUUGACGGCGAGGAGGAACAUGGCGAGAAGAUCAAAGAGUUCAUCUGUAGGAACUUCUACGUUGACGACGGACUGAUCUCGUGCAACACAAAAGAAGAGACGAUCAAUCUCGUGAGAAACGCACRAGCAGMACUARCAGCCGCAAACAUACGCCUACACAAGGUGGUCUCCAACUCCGUGGAAGUAAUGGAAGCCCUGCCGGCUCAAGACAGGGGGAAAGACGUUAGAGAUCUAGACUUGCGCAAAGAUUUGCUCCCAAGUCAACGCACUCUAGGAGUCCAAUGGAACUUACAAGAGGACAAGUUCACCUUUAAGGUAUCCAUUCCAGACAAGCCGUUCACCCGAAGAGGGAUACUUUCAGUGAUCAACUCAAUCUACGACCCAAUGGGUAUGGCAGUACCGGUCACCUUGAAGGRAAAGCUCUUCCUUCAAAGGGUUGUUAACAUUGGGAAAACGGCAAAUAGCGACCGCUUGGGCUGGGAUGACCCCCUACCAAAGGAUCAAACGCAAGAGUGGCAACGCUGGAGAGACGCGCUUUCAAACCUUGAGAGUUUCUCCCUUCCGCGCUGUAUUCAUCCGGAAGACUUUGGAUUGAUCUCCAGAGCUGAAGUCCAUUCCUUCUGUGAUGCAAGCGAAGAAGCAAUCGGUCUAGUAGUCUACCUUCUCUUGAGAAAUGACCGCAACGAAGUACACACAAGUUUCCUGUUUGGUCAGUCCAAAGUUGCACCGAUCAAGCCUACGAGUAUCCCGCGCCUUGAGUUGUGCGGUGCAGUACUUGCCGCACAGGCUGUUACAAGAAUCUUGACUGAAAUAGACAUGCAGAUCGAUGAGGUAAUCUUCUACACGGACUCGAAAGUCGUCCUAGGAUACAUCCACAACGAAGCCAGGCGCUUCUACACGUAUGUUGCCAAUAGGGUACAGAUCAUCCGGACCAUCUCASACCCUCAUCAGUGGAGAUUCGUGGACACCGAAAAUAAUCCAGCAGACCUCGCCACCCGCGGCGUUGAAGCAGACAAAUUGGAGGCGACGAUAUGGUUCAGAGGCCCAGCCUUCCUGACGUGUCGCGAUGCUGCAACGCCCUCAUCGGGGAAUGUAACUCUACUCGAGAAUGAUCCGGAGGUGAGGAAAAUUACAACAAAGUCCACAAACAUCGAAAACUUCGGCGUCUCAAGAAUCACCCGCUUUUCGACGUGGACAUCCCUGCAACGAAGUGUCGCGAUGCUGAUAGCCAAAGCUAGAGAGAUAAAUGGAGACCGCAGGAAAGACCCAGACUUCGAUCCUCUCAGCACCACAAACAGCUAUUUACGUCCCACAGUGACGGAAUUCGAAAAAGCAACAGCCAUCCUCACCAAAAUAGUGCAGAGCGAGACCUUCUCAGAUGAAAUCGCUCAACUCAAGGGCCUACAGGAACAGGUUGAUAGCCAGCGUGACACCUCGAGGAGAAAACGGAGCACACUUAAAAGGUCUCCACUAUACGGUCUAGACCCUUUCGUAGAUGAGAACGGCAUCCUACGAGUUGGAGGAAGGCUACGACGCUCCCCCAUGGACUUCAAAGAGAAGCACCCUUCAGUACUGCCAAAGAACCAUCACUUGUCGGAGUUAUUAAUCCGCCWUUACCAUYAAGCUGUCCACCAUCAAGGAAGACAAAUUACUCAUGGUGCCGUACGCCAAGCGGGUUACUGGAUAAUAUCGGGUCAUGGAGCAGUGACAAAGGUCCUCAGCACUUGCAUCACCKGCAAGAAGGCAAGAGGAAAGCCGAUGACACAACUCAUGGCAGACCUGCCGAAAGAGCGCACAGAACCAAGCCCACCCUUUACAAGUAUCGGUAUUGACGUCUUCGGUCCAUGGUAUAUCACAACUCGCAGAUUACGAGGAGGUGCGGCAAACUCCAAACGUUGGAGCUUGCUGUUUACCUGUCUCAGUUCUCGAGCCAUCCACAUCGAGCUCCUCGAAACCAUGGACGCUAGCUCCUUCAUUUGUGCACUUCGCAGAUUCUUCGCAAUCCGAGGACCCGCUUCAGGAAUCCGAUGUGAUCGUGGCACCAACUUCAUUGGUGGGAAGUCCGAGUUAGAGCAGUCCUUAUCAGAAGCGGAUCAACGAAAGAUUGAGCGCUAUGCGACGGAGCACGGCUACGAAUGGGCAUUCAAUCCACCCCACGCCUCUCACUUUGGCGGAGUGUGGGAACGACAAAUUCGCACCAUACGUAGCGUACUCAACAGCAUGCUGACCCAAAUUGGAAGUUCUCAACUGACUCACGAGCUGCUAUCUACUCUGAUGGCUGAAGUCACCUCCAUAGUAAACUCACGCCCAAUAGCCACUGUUCCGUCUGAAGCAGAUGACGCUCGACCCCUAUCACCGUCAAUGCUACUCACAGCAAAGGAAAGACCCCUCAACCCCCCACCAGGAGACUUCGUCCCGGAAGACUUGUACGCACGAAGGCGAUGGAGGAGAGUGCAAUACCUGGCGGACCAGUUCUGGACCAGAUGGCGUCGUGAAUACCUGCAAAACUUACAGAAACGACCAAAAUGGCAGGACCCCAGACCCAACCUAACGGAAGGAGAUGUGGUGCUUAUCAAAGACGAAGAAAGUCAUAGAAACCAUUGGCCCCUUGGUAAAGUCAUCAAGGCCUUUGAGAGUGAAGACGGCAGAGUAAGAAAGGCCGAAGUCCGCAAAGCAGAUGGCAAAGUUCUUCUCCGACCAGUCUCCCAGCUAGUGUUUCUCGUGUCAUCCACCCACGACUAGGUAGUUGACCUGGUGGCUUUAAAGGAACAUUACACGAACUCUA